GAAGAAACAACAGAUUGAAGAGAUGACUCCAGGCUAUGAAGAAAGAGAAAAGACUUUUGAUGAAACAACUCAGAGUUACGGUGAAAUGAAAAAGUGUAUUGUCAAACUCAAGAACAAAAAGAAUGGACUUGCAGAUCAAAUAAGAAGAACAAAACAAGAAAUUGAUAAAAUAUCAAGGCCACAGAGUGCACAUGAACCACCACCUAAGGUUCAACUUACAAACAAGCUGAGGGAUCAACGUAAGUCAGCGCUCCUAAAAAUGAAAAAAGAAGCGAAGGAAGUGAAAGAGAUGGAAGAGAAUAUAUACCAUGCAGGCAGGAAAUUAAAAGCUGUUAGUGGAGAGAAUGGUAGAUUUUUAUAGUCAUCUAAGAAAAUGGAAGAAGAGUGUGAUAAUAUUGAGAAACGUAUCCUCUUCAAUACAGCUAUGAAAGAAGCCUUACAACUAGAAGUUGUUAAACAAAGGGGCAAACUUGAAGAAGGUUGGAGAGAAGAUGAGGAAAUGGAAAAAGAAUUUGCAGAACGGGAUAAGUUAUUUUUGGAUGAUAUAACUGAUUUACAGAAGAGGACUGAUGAAAGAGAACAGAAGGUUUCAGAUAUCACUGAUAAACUUCAAGAUGAACUAUUUCUACUUGCAAGUUUCUUGGAAAAUGUUGCUAGUAGACGUCCGCCAGAAAGUAGACAUGGUGACAGACCCAAUACAGCAUCUAAUGCCCCAACAGUUUUCAGGGACUAUCUAGAUUCCCGUAGAUUGGACAAGUCAUCAAAAGAUAAUUUAAAGAAGGUCAGAGAUGAAUUAAAAGCUAGCGUGAAUGAAACUCUUGGUUUGGUCAAGACAGAUGGAGCUGGUGACUGCCAGUGAGUGCUGUACAUCAGAAGAUAAAAUGUUUUGAGUUGACUAUUUACUUGAUAUUGUAUAAAUGUAUCCCAUGUGUAUAUAUUGUUUUAUUUGCAUUGUUAACUUUAAUAUCAUAAUAAAUUUAAAAUCUUUCACUGGUGAUUUAUUUGAAAUAUCCUUCACAAAAAAUGCCAGAGACAAAUAUUUACUAGGAAAUUUGUUUCAUUGUUGUAAAUUCUGAGAUACCGGUAACACAAAAUUUGAUGAUGUAUUCAAUAAAGUCUAUUAUUUACAUGACUGAAAA